GCAGGCGCGCGGGGAGGCGCAGAAGCGAGUUUUGCUGGGGGAAGCUCUGGAGGGAGGUGGCGGCUCUGCUGGGCGGGCGGUGGCGAUUCCACGUGCUCCUCGCGGCCGGUUGAAACCGUUGGCGGGCGCUGGCUGAGAGGAUAAGACUUAAAACCUGUCUUGGAUAAAAAAUAUUUAAUCAUAUAGCUAAAAAUGGUAUUUUUUACAUGCAAUGCAUGUGGUGAAUCAGUGAAGAAAAUACAAGUAGAAAAGCAUGUGGCUCUUUGCAGAAACUGGAAUGUCUUUCCUGCAAUUGACUGUGGUAAAGACUUCUGGGGUUGACGACUAUAAAACCACGUGAAAUGCAUAAGUGAAGAUCAGAAGUAUGGCAAAGGGUAUGAAGGUAAAACCCACAAAGGUGAUGUUAAACAGCAGGCAUGGAUUCAGAAAAUUAAUGAAUUAAUAAAAAGACCCAGUGUCGGCCCCAAAGUGAGGGAACUUUUAGGGCAAAUUAGUGGUUUUGACAACGUUCCCAGGAAAAGGGCGAAAUUUCAGAAUUGGAUGAAGAACAGUUUAAAAGUUCAUAAUGAAUCCAUCCUGGAACAGGUGUGGAAUAUCUUUUCUGAAGCUUCCAGCAAUGAACCAGUCAGUAAGGGGCAAGAUCAGCAGCCGCUGGAGCAAGUGGCCAAACCAUGUGCAGAGAACAACGCCAAGGUCGCGUCCUCCAAAGCAAAUGACAGCAUGGAAGAGCCAGCAGAGACGAAGAAGAAUAAGAGAGAAAGGAAGGAAGAACGGCAGAAGAAGAGAAAAAAGGAAAAGAAAGAACAAAAAUUAGAAAACCACCAAGAGAAUUCAAAGAGUCAGAAGCCUAAGAAGCGCAAAGCAGGACAGGAGGCCGAGCAGGAGGCUGCAGGGAAGAAGAGCCAGAGGAAGAGGAGCAAGGCUGAGCGCACCCAGGACGGGGCGGUGGACGGAGGCGCGGAGCGGGGAGGGGAGACAAAAACCAGUCUAGGGAAAAGAAAGCGGAAGCAUUCGGAAGUUGAAGCAGAUUCUAAGAAGAAAAAGAUUAAGCUCCCGGGACAUUCUGAGAACGGAGAACCGGAAAACCAUGAGGCUCCUGCGAAAGGUAAAUUCAACUGGAAGGGAACUAUUAAAGCAGUUCUGAAACAGGCCCCAGACAAUGAAAUAACAAUCAAAAAGCUAAGGAAAAAGGUUUUAGCUCAGUAUUAUGCAGUGACAAAUGAACAUCACAAAUCUGAAGAGGAACUCCUGGUCAUCUUUAACAAGAAAAUCAGCAAGAACCCCACCUUGAAGUUAUUAAAGGACAAGGUCAAGCUUUUAAAAUGAACAUUUUUAUAUUU